ACCUGGGGUACCUAAUGUAGGCACCUAAGAUACCGCUGCGGUCCUAUGUCAAAUGUACAUAUGUGGAUGUAUCGUUUUCGGAUGGGGGCGGGCCUCCCCCAGCGUCGUCAUUUCUGAUUCGAUAUGGAAUGUUACCCAUCUGCCUACUUACGUCUACAGCCAUCCAUGACUGCUAACCUCCGAAUAUUAAGACUUGACCACCCUCCUACCUACCGACCAUUGCAUGCGCCGUUGCUUGCGAUUCAUCAUAGUCUAUCCACGAACCUCUCCCGAUAAUUCCCCCGUUCCCUUCCAGACGGGGCACAGCGCCAUUCGAACCCUAUUCCCCUCGAACUGACCGUAGAAGAUGGCCGACUCGAAUGCUCCGAAGCCGAGCAGCAGCGUCAAACUAGUGCUGCUGGGUGAGGCAGCUGUGGGCAAGUCGUCGCUCGUCUUGCGAUUCGUCAACAAUGACUUCCAGGAGAACAAGGAGCCUACUAUUGGCGCCGCCUUCUUAACCCAGAAAUGCAACCUCCCAACGAGGACGAUCAAAUUUGAGAUCUGGGAUACGGCGGGCCAGGAGCGCUUCGCCUCGUUAGCCCCCAUGUAUUACCGAAACGCCCAAGCCGCGCUCGUCGUCUACGACCUCACCAAGCCCACGUCCCUGAUCAAAGCCAAACACUGGGUUGCCGAGCUGCAGAGGCAGGCGUCUCCGGGCAUUGUGAUUGCCCUGGUCGGCAACAAGCUCGACCUUACCAACGACGGCGAGUCCGGUCCUGCCGCCGAGGGCGAGGGGGUCGAUGGCGAGGAUUCCGGAGACGCCCGGAAGAUCUCCACAGAAGAGGCAAAGUCGUACGCCGAGGAGGAGAGCUUGUUAUUUUUCGAGACGAGCGCGAAGACGGGCUACAACGUCACGGAGGUGUUUACCGCGAUCGCGAAUGCCAUCCCCGAGACGUCGCUGAAGAGCCAGAGGGGUCCCGGAGCUGCCGCCGGGGCCAGUCGAGGCGAGGAACAGAGGGUGAACCUCAACGGCCCUCGGGAUUCGGCAAAGGAAGGCUGUGCGUGUUGAUUUUGCGGUGGGGAUAAGGAGGGGGGGGGGGGGGGAGGCUUGCGGAUGAGACAGUUACCCGUCACCCGUGGGCGUGACGGCAAUUUCGCUUUGUAAUACGGAGUGACGGUUCAUUGGGAUUUGAUAUCUGGAAUGCUUUCGACGAGUGGAUUCUCCUUUGUUUCUCUGCCACUCCUGAUAUUUCCGUGCCGCUUGACACUGCUAGUGGCACCUGAGAAGCAAGCUGAUAGUUGCCGCGAGGAAAUGACGGGGUGCGGGCGCGUUGGAAGAGUGGUAUACGAUUCGGCUGUAACGUUCUGUAACGCCUCGCCGCAAUUCCUUGGGGGUGGGUUGCUGGGUUGCUGCUUGUUCGAUUACUACGAGGUAGGUAUGUAGAGGUAGAAUUACAACGUAUUGUUAGGUAGAGUUAACAACCGACGUAUCCACGCCUUUACAUACCUACUGUAGCCAUCUAAGGAACGGGUGAAUAGUU